UGUGUCUCUGUGUUUCAGGUCUGACCCGUAUGUCAACACGCUGGUCAAGCUUCACCUGCGUUCCCCCUACAGCUGUCACGAGCUGUUUGGCUUUGACAUCAUGCUGGAUGAGAACCUCAAGCCUUGGGUUCUGGAGGUCAACAUCUCACCAAGCCUCCACUCCGGCACCGCUCUGGACGUGGCCAUUAAGGGCCAGAUGAUCAGAGAUGUGUUGAACCUGGCGGGGUUCCUUCUGCCUCAGAGAGAAGAGGUGCUUCCCUCCGCCAGCAGCUCUGCCAGCAGUCUGUGUGGAGGGACACGGGAGAGAUCCAGACCUGAGAUUUCAACUGAUGAGAAAGUCAAGCGGGCCUUCUACCUGAGCCAGCGCUUCGCAGAUCAGGACUUCUUGUCCUCCGUCCUCGACGUUCUGACUCCAGAGGGCGUCUGAGUCCUGGCUGAGACUGAGG